CCGCCUCCUCGACACACACCUCCCUCCUCUCUCCGCCGCGAAUCCGACGAGCUCGAACGCGAAGGCGGGGACUCUCUCUCUCUCUCUCUUCGACCCGGAUCGAUUGUAUCGAUCUCGCCCCGUCGGUCGAUCGAUCGAUACCUCGACACGGAGCGACCGAUGACGAAGCAGAGCGUGGUGGUGCCGGAGGUGGCGGUGCCGAUGCCGCCCAACUCCGCGCCGCUGCUCCCGUACCCGCCGCCGCGGGCCGCGCCGGGCGUCGCCGUGCGCAAGAAGUACCUCCAGGCGCAGCUCGACCUCGGCGCGGGCCUCCCGCUCAUCAACGGAUGGGUGGAGUCCAUGCGGGCCUCCUCCCCCACCCACGCCAAGGCCGCCGCCGCGCUCGCCGCCGCCGGCGCCGUCGACGACGAGCGCGCCGCCUGGAUGGUGAGGCACCCGUCGGCGCUGAGCAAGUUCGAGCAGAUCGUGGCGGCGUCCAAGGGGAAGAAGAUCGUCAUGUUCCUCGACUACGACGGCACGCUGUCCCCCAUCGUCGACGACCCGGACUCCGCCUUCAUGUCCGACACGAUGCGGCGGGCGGUGCGCAGCGUCGCCAAGCACUUCCCGACGGCGAUCGUCAGCGGCCGGUGCCGCGACAAGGUGUUCGAGUUCGUGAAGCUGGCGGAACUCUACUACGCCGGUAGCCAUGGCAUGGACAUCAAGGGCCCCGCGAAGGCCUCCCGCCACAACAAGGCCAAGGCGAAAGGCGUUCUCUUUCAGCCGGCUAGCGAGUUCCUCCCCAUGAUAGAACAGGUGCACGAUUCUCUGAUAGAAAGGACCAAGUGCAUACCUGGAGCCAAGGUGGAGAACAACAAGUUCUGUGUGUCUGUCCACUUCAGAUGUGUCGAUGAAAAGAGCUGGAGCACAUUGGCUGACAUAGUGAAGGCAGAGCUCAAGGACUACCCCAAACUGAAGCUCACGCAGGGGAGGAUGGUGUUCGAGAUCCGGCCCACCAUCAAGUGGGACAAGGGCAAGGCCCUCGAGUUCCUCCUCGAGUCGCUAGGGUUCGCCGACUGCACCAACGUGCUGCCGGUGUACAUCGGCGACGACCGGACCGACGAGGACGCGUUCAAGGUGCUCCGCAAGAGAGGCCAGGGCAUCGGCAUCCUCGUGUCCAAGUACCCCAAGGACACCAACGCCUCCUACUCCCUGCAGGAGCCAGCCGAGGUGAUGGAGUUCUUGCUGCGGCUGGUGGAGUGGGAGCGCCUCUCCCGUGCUCGCCCCAAGUGGUGAUUUCGCCGACGGCUUCAACCCACAUUUCCCGACAGCUAUCUCUCUCUCUCUCUCUGCUACUGCUCUGCUCUGCUCCUAGGGGUUUUGGGUUAGGAUCGGAGAAAGAUUAUUAUUAUUAUUAUUAUCAUCAUCAAGGGUAUUAGUAGUAUAUAAAUAUAUGUAAUUAAGGGGAGGGGUGAUUAAUUAGAGAGGGAGCAUUAUCUUUUAGUUAUUAUCGUAGCUCUCCUGUACACUGUUCUGUGUGCACACACUGACAGUGCGCGCGCGCGCGUCCUCUGGUUUUUUUGGGAGGCGCUUUGUGUUGGGUGGUGGUGGCUAUGAGAAGGGGAUGAAGAGUGUUGCUGUGUUUGGGCCUUGUGCUCUCUCGUCCUUUUUGGCUAUGGUGGUUGCUAUGCUACCUGGGUGGGUGCACAGGAAGGUGGAUGGAUUUGAGUGCUACCGUGUAAUUGUAUAUGGCUUCUGAUUAUCUAUGUACAAGAAUAUAUAUGAUGAAAUGAAGAGCAUCAGAAUAUUACAGCACAAA